AUGUCUCCACUUCUGAAAAGCGUCUUCGAUAUCACCGAAAUUUUCAAUCAGUAUGCCUCCCACGGUUGUGAAGGUGCAGCACUAAGCAAGAAAGACCUAAAGAAUCUCCUUGAAAGAGAAUUUGGAGAUGUCCUUCGGAGACCACAUGACCCUGAGACGGUAGAUGUGAUCCUGGAACUUCUGGAUCGCGACUGUAACGGGCACGUCGAUUUCAAUGAAUUCCUCCUGCUGGUUUUCAAGGUGGCUCAGGCUUGUUAUUAUGCUCUUGGCCAGGCCGCAGGGCUAGAGGAGGAGGAGAGGAGAGUCCAGGGUGAAAGGAAGGGGAACCUGAUACAAGAUCGUAGGCAAGAAGACCAAAGGAGAUUCGAGUCCCCGGACAGACAGCUGGACGAGGAACCUGCACACCAACGCCGGCAGAGGAGGCAGGUACAGGAGCGGGAGCGCGGGGAGCAAGAGGAGCAAAGGAAGAAGCCAGAGAGGCGAGGGCAGCGCGACUGGCAAAGGCAAGAAAUCGAAGAGCGCCGCGCAGAGGAAGAGCAGCUGCUGAGACGCCAGAGUCGAGACGCCGAGGAGUACCGAGAAGAAGAACCAAGUCGAGAGAGGCGGGCGCAGCGCGAACGUCCGGAAGAGCAACUGCAAAGGAGAGAGCCAGAAGUGCGACGCGAGCGCGCGCAAGAGAGACAGCUGCAGCAGAGGCGCGAGCAGGAGCUGGUGUCUGAGGAGGAGGCGGAGGCACAGGCCCGGGAGAGGUUGCAGUGGCAGCUGGACAGCGAGGCUGAAGCACGUCAGAGCAAAGUCUACUCCAGGCCUCGCCGACAGGAGGAGCAGAAACGCCGCAGGGAGCAGGAGGAGGAGAGGCGGCCCCGGGAGCGAGAGCUGCAGCGGAGGGAGCUGGAGGAGGAGGAGCAACGCCGCGACCAAGACUUGAGGCUGCAACUAGAGGAAGAAAGUCAGAGGCGCCAGCCCACGCUGACCGCCAAACACGGCCCGCGGGAGCAGCUCAGGAAGGAGGAGCAGCGGGAGGAAGAGCAGCUGCAGAGGGAAAGGAGGCGCCAGCAGCGGGCGAGGCAAUAUCGGGAGGAAGAGCAGCUGCAGCAGGAAGAGGGGCAGCUGCAGAGGGAGAGGCAAUAUCAGGAGGAAGAGGAGGAGGACGAGCAGCAGCGGUUCCGGGGGGCAGAUCAGCGCCGCGAUCUGAAAUGGCAAUGGCAACCAGAAAGAGAAAGGGAAGUGCGUAGUAACAGGGUUUUCUCCAAACGCAGAGAGAACGAAGAGAAGACCCGACGGCUGGACGAUUCUCAGGCGUUGGACAGGCCUUUCCUGCAAGAGGAAGAGGAGGAGAAGAGAGAGCUAGAACGAGAGAGAAGGCGCCGGCUGCAGCGCGACCGGGAAUUCCCUGCCGAAGAGCCGCUGGAGCGAGAGGAGCGAAGAGCGGCGAAAAGGCAAGAUGCGAAGUCCCAAGAGGAGGAGCAGCUACUGAGGGAAGAGAGAGAGACGACCAGGCAAGAGAGAGACCGCAAGUUCCGUGCGGAGGAGGAGCAGCUGAGGCAGGAGCGGGAGGAGGAGCAGCUGCGCCGCCAGGAGCGCGACAGAAAAUUCCGCCAAGGAGAGCUCCGCCAGGAAAGGGAGGAGGAGCAGCUGAGACACGAGGAGGAGCAGCUGCGCAGGGAGCGUGCUAGAAAGCUCCGUCGGGAAGAAGAGCUCCGCCAGGAGCGCGACAGAAAAUUUCGGGAGGAAGAAGAGCUCCGCCAGAAACAGGAGGAGGAGCAGCUGCGCCAGGAGCGCGACCGUAGGUUCCGCCGGGAACAAGAGCUCCGCGAGGAAAGGGAGGAGGAGCAGCUGCGCCGUGAGGUACAGCAGCUGCGCCAGGAGCGCGACAGAAAGUUCCGCGAAGAAGAAGAGCUUCGCCAGGAAAGAGAGGAGGAGCAGCUGCGCCGCCAGGAGCGCGACCGGAAAUUCCGCCGGGAACGGGAGGAGGAGCAGCUGCGCCAGGAGCGCGACCGUAGGUUCCGCCAGGAACGGGAGGAAGAGCAGCUGCGCCAGGAGCGCGACCGAGGAUUCCGGGAGGAAGAAGAGCUGCGCCAGGAGCGGGAGGAGGAGCAGCUGCGCCGCCAGGAGCGCGACCGUCAGUAUCGGGCGGAGGAACAGUUUGCCAGGGAGAAGCGUCGUCAGGUGCCGGAAUUGGGGCAACAAGAGCAGAGACGUCGCCAGGAGCGGGAGAGGAAACUCCGAGAAGAGCAGCUCCGCCGCCAGCAGGAGGAGGAGCAGAGGCGCCGCCAGGUCCGGGAGGGACGCGCCCAGGAGCCAGCCUCGCGCCCGUCGAUCGGCGCUCCCGUGCGCUCCAGCCCCCUCUACGAGUACAUCCAGGAGCAGAGAGCUCAGUACCGCGCCUGAGCGGGGCCGCCGGCAUCCCUGCCAAAGCUUCCAGCCAAAGAGAAUGAGAAACACUGGGUGCCAAGGAAUGGCUCACGUGUUUCCGGUUGUGGGGAAACUCUCUCAUGUUCGAAUGCGCCUUUUCUUCCAAAAUCUCGAGCUAUGCUCAUUUCAUUACUUUGUACUCCUGCCUUUAAUUCUGUCUCAGGUAGUUCUUUACUGCAAGGUGUCUUUGUUCUUGGGUGCAGGUAUGGUGUACAUUUUUAAAAACAUGUCAUUUAAAUUGUUCACAGAGUUUUGUUUGAAGAACACAUUGAUUUGUUGCCUUUUAAAGUAACAAUACAACAAGUUGAGACUCAAAAUAAUUGAGUAUAGUUUUAAUGGCUGAUUACCUCUGAGUGGCUUACAUGUUUUUAAGGUUGAUAUUUUUUUUUCUUGUGCCUAAAUUUCAUUAGUCUACUGCCAAAUAACUUACUGGGUUUUGAUCUUGAUUUUGGCAUAAUUAAUACGCAUUCCACAAGUUGCCUGAAUUUUUGCUACCCUCAAAUAAAUAAGGGAGAGGAACUUUUGGCAGAAAAACUCCCUGUGAAAUCAGCACCUAUAACUAAAAGAAAUAUCUGUUAAGAAUUUAAGUGUAGAAUUUGUAAUUAGAUUGUUUAAAAAAUAUAUACUUAGUGCCACUUAAAACCUCAGGAAGCAAAAGCAAUGUGUUGAUCAAACUUCAUAGCUCUAAUUUUGAAACUAUAUCUGCUGUAGUUUGUAGUGCUCAGUUCUGUUCCCCCAAUGAUGAAUUUGAGAGUAUUGCUACUUUUGUUAAUGUUAGCUUAGAGGAAACCUACUCAGGAUCUUGUAAGUUUGUCUUGCUCUAGGGCCAAUAGAUGACAGAGAGCAUGUUGGGAAAGGAAAGAGGGAAGUGUGUGAAUAGAGAGGCAAAUUUCUAGAGGCCCUUUGAGAAGACUUAUCCCCAAUCCUUUGAGGCCUGAUACUACCUUGGAGACAUUCUGUUGAAAUAAUUGGACUGUAUAAAAAUUUAAUAAAUGUUUGGCAAAUACUUAU